CAACCAAACCAUCCUCUUCAACCUUAAGGGCGCACCGCCUUUGAGCCGAGACCAAUAAUUCAUCAUUCGUCACGUACAUGACUCCUCCUCCUCCUCCUCCUCCUCCUCAAUCCGUCCGAUAUAUCUCCGACUGUCUCGUCAAACCACGCCGACUUCCCCGACAUUCAGACGACCCUCUGCACUUGGCGCCGUGGGAGCUCGCCAUGCUCUCCCUCCACUACAUCCAAAAGGGCCUCCUCUUCCCCCUCCCUCCUCCUCACUCCCUCGACCCCGGCUUCGAUCGCUCCGCUUUCAUCCAUUCCUUCUUGGAAAAGCUCAAGCGCUCUCUCUCUUCCGCACUCUCCCACUUCUACCCGCUCGCCGGCCGCCUCGCCACCCUCAGGCGAACCGACCCCCCUUUCCCCACCGUCUUCGUCGACUGCGCCAACAGCCCUGGCGCCCGGUUCAUCCACGCUGCACUUGACAUGACCGUGGCCGACAUUCUCUCCCCGACGUACGUCCCGUCCGUCGUCCAGUCCUUCUUCGACCACAACUGGGCCGUCAACCACGACGGCCACGCCCUCUCCCUGCUGUCCGCUCAGGUCACCGAACUCGCAGACGGCGUCUUCAUCGGGCUCUCCAUGAACCACGUUAUCGGCGACGGCACCUCCUUCUGGCUCUUCUUCAACUCGUGGUCCGAGAUCUUCCAAGCGCAAGAGAAAGGCGGGGUUGAUGUCGUCCAGCUGUCGUGUCCCCCGGUCCUGACACGCUGGUUCCCUGAGAACCACCCCGGCCCGAUAAGCCUGCCUUACGCGGACGACCCCUCGUCGUUCCACGCCCGCUACGAAGUCCCAGAUCUCAGGGAGCGAGUCUUUCACUUCUCCGCCGACGCCAUCGCGGGUCUCAAGGUGGAGGCAAACCGGCAAUGCGGUAUCACCAAGAUCUCGUCCUUCCAGUCCCUGACUGCCCUGGUAUGGCGGUGCAUCACGCGUGCCCGCCACUUCCCGCCCAGCCAGGUCACAUCUUGCCGGAUGACGUCGAACAACCGGGUAAGGCUGGACCCCCCGCUCCCACCGUUGUACUUUGGGAGCCCGGUCACGCUGUUGAGGGCGGCGACGACGGUGGGGGAGCUGCUAGGCGGCGGCCUUGGGUGGGUGGCGCUGCUGCUGCAUGCGGUGGUGGCAGAGCACGGCGACGCGAAGCUGCGCGAGUGGAAUGAGGAGUGGAUAGAGAGACCGCAGGUGUACCGCCUGGACAAGUUGUUAGAUCCGUGCAGCAUCUUGAUGGCGAGCUCGCCUAGGUUCAACAUGUAUGGCAACGACUUUGGGCUGGGGAAGGCUUUGGCUCCGCGAAGCGGGUGCGCCAACAAGAUCGACGGCAACGUCUUUAGCUAUCCGGGCCGCGAGGGAGGCGGGAGCGUCGACCUAGAGAUCUGCCUUUCGCCAGCCACAAUGGCGGCUCUCGAAGCUGACGCUGAAUUCAUGGCUGCCGCCUUGAUGGAUUUGUAGGUCGGAGGGCCAACACAACACGGUGGUGUUAUGUGCAAGUCGAGUCGACGCCAUUAGUUAUUAGGAGGAAUAAAUACUUCUUGUUUGACUUGUAAUGUUGACUUAUUUCUCAAUCUGUAGUGGAUAAAUUAUGAGUUUAUUUUA